UCUGCUUUCUCUCCCUUCUCUUCCCUUCCCUUCCCUUUCCCCCUUCUCCUCUCCUCUCUGCUCGCUGCCCCGGCUGCCCAGGAGCCGCUGUCCGCAGUGCCCAGCUGUGCCCGCAGUGCCCAGCUGUGCCCGCGGCCAGAGCCCUGCUCCCUGCAGCCCCCGCCAUGGGGCCCACUGAGGAGCUGGUCCGGAUUGCCAAGAAAUUGGAUAAGAUGGUGGCCAGGAAGAGCACGGAAGGGGCACUGGAUCUGCUCAAAUCCCUUACUGGCUACACCAUGACCAUCCAGCUGCUGCAGACCACGCGCAUCGGGGUGGCCGUGAACUCGGUGCGGAAACACUGCUCAGAUGAAGAGGUGGUGGCCUCAGCCAAAAUCCUCAUCAAAAACUGGAAGCGACUUCUGGAGUCUACCACCACAAAAAAAGAGAAGGAUGCAGAUGGGAAGAAGGAAAAGGACAUAGAUGGAGACAAGGAGAAGAAGAAGGGGCUGGAUGUUUCCAGCUGCCCCAGUGAAGGGGUGAAGCACAGCAAGAGUACAGCUGAGAAGCCCAGGGAGAAGCACAAGGAGAGGAAGCCCAGCAAGUGUGGCUCUCACGCCAGCAGCACCCAGGGCCACUCUGUCGACUCCAGCCCAGAGAGAGAGUCCAGUGAUGGCCGGAGCCCCACUGCAUCCUCCAAGAAAUCACCUCUGGAUGGCAAGAAGGAGAGGAGAGCCUCUGCUGACUCCAGGUCCUCAACCACCUCCUCUUCCUCCCCACAGAAGAGACUGUCAGGGGAGAGGAGAGCCUCUGUGGGCACCAGCCUCUCUCCAGCUCCCACCAGCUCCCAGAGAAACUCCAGUGACAGCAAGGAGGAAAGAGCCAACAGCAGCAAGGCCAAAGCCGAGGUGCCGCGAACCCCCAGCAGUCCCUCCUUCUCCCCCAGCCCCUGCUGCCUGGCUCCCUGCUACCUCACGGGGGAUUCGGUGCGGGACAAGUGCGUGGAGAUGCUGGCAGCCGCACUCCGCAUGGAUGACGACUACAAGGAGUUCAGUGUCAACUGUGAGAAGAUGGCAUCAGAGAUCGAAGACCAUAUCUUCCAGGAGCUGAGGAGCACAGACAUGAAGUAUCGCAACCGGGUGCGGAGCAGGAUCAGCAACCUGAAAGACCCCAAGAACCCCGGUCUGCGGAGGAACGUGCUGUGCGGGGCCAUCGAGCCCGGCCUCAUCGCCCGCAUGACGGCCGAGGAGAUGGCCAGCGACGAGCUGAAGCGGCUGCGCAGCGCCAUGACCCAGGAGGCCAUCCGCGAGCACCAGAUGGCCAAGACAGGCGGCACUGUCACCGACCUCUUCCAGUGCAGCAAGUGCAAGAAGAAGAACUGCACGUACAACCAGGUGCAGACGCGCAGCGCUGACGAGCCCAUGACGACGUUCGUGCUGUGCAACGAGUGUGGCAACCGCUGGAAGUUCUGCUGACGCUGCUGGAGACUGGGCUGGAGGGAGUGUGAUGCAAGACAGGAGAUGCUGUGACACCCCAUUGGGCAGCUGGGCUGGGGAGGAGGGGUCAGGAUGGCACCAGUCCCUAAACCCCUCUCCUUGCUCCCUUGCACUGGGCUCCCUUGGGGAGCCAGCCUCCAGCAAUGUCCAAUUCACUUGAGAAGGUCCCUGUGAAUUCAGUGGUCCUUCCCUGCAAAUAUCUGCCUGCCCUUUGACUGGGGUAUGCUGGGAUCCCACCGGGAACAGAUUCAUUCCUGGAAAGGGAGAUUGGUACAAUCUUGGGCAGCAUGUCCUUCCCUGAGAGAAAUCUGGGCUUGGAUGAUUUGGGGGCAGGAGAUACAUUGCUUCCUGGAUGUGGGGCUGUGCCUGGGAGCUGAGGGCAGCUUUUAACCCAAACACCUUCUUCCUCACCUAAGUGCAUGCAGAGGGAGGAUAUGGAGGGGACAAGGUGGUUGCAGCAUGUCCAAAUGCUGUUGGGAUGCUACUGUGUCCCUCUGCUCUGUGGCAAAUGGACCAUCCAUCCUGGCUUGAAGGCACCGUGGCCAGGAAAGAAGGAAGGAUGGCAGGGAGAGGAGUGAGGAAGAACCCUUCCAGCCAGAGUAAUAAAGGUGUGAACUAUC